AUGCAACUACUCGACAAGAUCGUAUCAGAAACGAUAUGGAGUUCUAAGGGAAGCAAAGAUGAAACACCACCUCCCACGGCGACGGCAACCACGGCCCCCGUAGCCACCAGCGAAAAGAGCUUACAGUCUACAAUUGUCAUAAAAGAGGAUCCGAACAAUUUUUUUACGUUCCGAGAUGGUGUUAUCGAACGAGCUGUCAAGGAAUGUACGGCCCAUUUACUCGACGAGACUGAAGGACCAGUAUAUGCAUCAUUUUUGCUCACACAAAUCAAUCAUUGGGACACAGACAAAGAACGCUUACUUUUGUUGACUGCCAAGAACCUAAUAUUAGUAAAAUAUGACUUUAUAGCAUUGAGGCGGCUGGGCUGUAGAAAAGUUAUGUUUAGCGAUAUAGAGGGAAUUGUCGUUGGCAAUCUCGUAUACCCGAACGGUUCUCUGAUACCGUAA